UGAGCCCCGCUGCCGCUACCCGGAACCAUUAGCAGGGCCGGAAAGGACCAAUGUUCAGGGAGCACACGUCACUCACUUUUACCCAAAAAUAUUCCCAGCGACCGUCCAAAGCUCCCUCCGCCGAACCGACGUCCGAGCCGCGGCUCCCGGUCAGCGCGCACUGAGAUGGAGAGCGGGCGGCCGCCGUGUGCGGUCCCGGCGGGCAGCGGAACCGGAGCUCACCCCGCUCAGCAUCAGUGAAAAUGGCUCCGGCUAACGACUGGAAAACAGCACGCAGAAAUGGAAGCGGACGGCAGCUAGCUCGGCUCGGCGGCUAGAAGAAGAAGAAGAAGAAGAAGAAGAAGAAGGCGUGACAGGCCGCAUCCAGCCGCCGGCGCAGCCCCGCAACCGGAGCCCAAGGAUUUACAUUAAAAUGAGCGGCAGCCACACAUGCGAUAGAUGGUGUUCACUCCCCUCCGGCUCCAUCACUCCGACCACAGGAAACGCUAUAGGAACUUCUCGGCUGAACACGGAUGAGGAAUCUUGCUUAGGAAAAUGUCAUCGCAGUAAUUCUCAAAGGAAACAAGAAGAAGUUGUUUGAACUGCUUCUCGAUAGAAAAAAAACUAUUCUGAGCAAUUUUGAAAUUAGGUGGAGCUCAUCUGCCUGCCAAAAAGACUUUGUUUUUUACCCUUUGAUCAUCAGCUUAUCAUCGCAGCUGCCCCACUCGUUUUGGAAGUAGAGUGCGGGCGGUGGAUGAUCAACAGGGAGUAGCAGCGCCAGACGUAAACAAUCUGGAAAGACGAACUUAAGAUUUAAGCCGUCAGCUAAAAAGUUCUGGACUAAAACGACAGUAGCGUAGCCUUCACCCUUAGGGUAAAGUUUGGAUCAUUGCUGCCGCUCCUAUCGCUGGAGGUUUGGCGCCUGCACCCCCAUGUGCCAGUGAGUGGGAAAUGUUCCAAUUUGGAAAAUACAAUCUGGACAUUAUAGAGAUGUUAAGUGGGCACCAGGCCCACCAGUUCAAAGGCCUUGGUUUAGAUCGACAGCUACAGCAUCAGCAGCAAGUGCAACUUCACCAGCAUCAACUCCAGCAGCAGCAGCAGCAGCAGGCUGAGUCAUCUGGAGCUCUUCUGUCUGGACUUGGCUUGGGCCCCCUGCAGGGGUCUAGAGGUAACGCCUUUUCUGAUUCUGCCUCCAUUUUUGCCAAGAUGAGUGCCCCUCCUCCCCCACCUUUACAACAACAGCCUUCCUCAUCUCAGAGCUCUCGUUCAAAGUCAAGCAAGAUGAGCAGCAGCAGCUCAAGCCAUUCUUCAGGCUACCCACAGUUCCUGCGCUCUUUCCACCCGUCUGAGGCAGCACUAGCACAGGAGCAGUUACAUCCAGGUGUAGGCCGCUUUGAGCACUUUGCUGGGGGAAGUAGCAGUAGUGGGAGCGCUGGGGGAUUAGGAGGAUUAGUAACAUCAGCACCUCCACCCCCACCUCCUCUGCAUCCCGGCCUGUCUGUCCCCCAAGCAUCACCUGGCCCCUCCUCUUCCUCUCCUUCCCCUUCAACCUCCGUGGCCACCUCUAACAACCCUUCUAGCAGCAGUGCAGUCAGCUCGCUGGGGCACCAGUUGGUUGGGGCUCAGUCUGAUGCACGGAGCCUUCACCAACAGUUUAGUUGCAUGUUAGCCGCUAAUCAGUAUUUCCUUUCCGGGGUGCCUGCUAACGCUAGCUUAGAGCAGUUUCUGGUGCAGCAGGGAACCCAUAACCACUUAGGGAUCGGGCUGAGUCAAACAGGGGGGGAGCCCAGCAGUAGCCUCGCUCCGCCUCCUGCUUUGCAUUCGUCUCAUUCUCAUGGCCACUCCACCCCCCAGCCCCAGCAGGCUCCACAGCAGCCCCCCCAGCAGCAGCAGCUUCCACCUCACGCCCUGUCCCAUCCUCACUCUCAUUCCCACCCUCACCACCCUCUCCACCCGGGCUCCCAGCCCUCAUCACUGGGCGGCUUUGACUUCCAGGGCAUUCCUGUGCUCUCGUCAAAUCAGAUAGCGUCUCUGAUGCAACAGGAGGCGGGUCUUCCCCUCCCCUUGCCGUUGCACUUAUCCUUAUCUAAGGAUGACGGUAAAGGGGAGAACAGCGGAGGCGGGAGUAGUAGUGGCAGCAGUAGCAGCAGGAGGAAGAAAGCGAUGGCCGGCUAUUUGCCUCAGAGAAAAUCCGAUAGCAGUAGUAACAGCAGUAGCGGCCACGGCCACGGCAGCCACGGCGGCAACCCCACCGCGAGUAGUAACGGAGGGCUUAGUCACGGUCAGCCUCCAGCUUUAAUUGGGAGUGGGGUGGGUAUGUCAAACAUGGGUGGAGACCCGUCAUCCCUUCUCGCCUCAUCAUCCUCAUCCUCAUCAGUAGUAUCUUCCUCCUCCUCCUCUGCUCCCUCUUCCACUGCUGCCUCAGUACUGGUUACUAACGAUUCCCACCUUUCUAAAUCUGAUAACCAGAGCUCAAUGCAAGCCAACGCCGCAGAGUCCGAUUCAGAGCCCGUUUAUAGCUGCGGAGAGUGUGGCAAAAGCUUCCCUCACCUCUCGAGCCUUCGCAGGCAUUUGCGCAUGCAUGAGCCAACCACAGCAGGUACUAGCAAUACUGCCACUACUGGCCCAAACCCCAUUCACAUUAAAACGCAGACUGACCCGAGCCUCCCCCAUUCGACCCAAGAAACUCCCUCCCAACCCACAUCCAAUUCUUGUCCUAGCCCAGACAAAAUAUUUCAUUGCCCCGAAUGUGGCAAAGGCUUUAAGAAAAAAGGGCACCUCCUGCAACAUGGCGUUAUACACUCCUCAGCCCGCCCCUAUGGCUGCUCCACCUGCUCUCGGGCUUUUAAUCGUAGAGAGUCACUGACACGCCAUGAGAAGAUACAUGAGGAAAAGCCGUUCCGAUGUCCCGCCUGUGGUCGUGCCUUCCGUGAGAGCACCUCUCUACUGAACCAUGCUGCCUCAGGCACCUGCGGCAAGCCAGGUAGGGGACCCAAACAACGGGGCAGCAAGACAGGAGCUGAUGGUGAGGACAGAGUCGGGGGAGGGGGUGGAGGAGGAGGUAAUGGAGGAGGGGGAACUUAUCAGAGCAAUAGAGGGGUUAUUUAUGGGAAAACUGAGGAAGAGGAUGGUGUAAUCAUUGUGGGGGAAGGAGAGCCAAAAUCAGGUUUAGGAUGUGAUGGUCUGUUUCAGUCUGGAAGGGGAGGGAAUUCAAAUGACAGGGACAGAACAGAUGGUAAAUACCCCACUGACUACUCUCGGAAUCGUUACACAGGCUACCACGAUGACCACCGUUCUCAAGGUAACCCGUCUCCGUGCUACUCUGGUGCCUCCCCCUGUGGAAGUGGGAUGGCGGGCCCCGCUCUGAGAAAGGCACCCCUGGCCCCGACACUGCAUCCACACUCUCAGAGCCACAACCAGCACCACCACCCGCAGCAACAGCCCCACCUGCCCCUCUCCUCUCUCCUGGAUGACUCAGAGGAUGAUGUCACUAGCUCUGUCAAUAAUGCAAUCUCUGCUAUAACGGCAGCUAGUAACAGUGGAAAUAGAGGGGAUGAUAGGGGGGACAUCAUAGGAGGUCUGCUAGGUGGUCUCGGUUUAGGACCUCUGGGCUCGCCUUCGUCCACGUCUGGCAUGGAUAAGAAUUUCAGAGGUGGUGGGAGUCAGGAGACAAUGAGCAACAACCCGCAGAAUCCUACUGCCAAACCAAAACGUCCCCGCAAACCAAGAGCUAAGAAAGACCCCGCGGCUGGUGACCAGCCCCCCAAACGUAGGCAAUACACCCCCAGAAUGGGGCCCAGCGGGCUCCCACGUACCCACCUCUGCAGUGUCUGCGGAAAAGGGUUCGCACGGCGCGAGACCCUGCGCAGGCACGACCGCAUCCACACGGGAGAGAAACCCCAUCACUGCACUGUGUGCGGAAAGUAUUUCAGAGAGGCUUUCCACCUCAGCAAGCAUCAAACAGUCCACUCGGGAGCGAAGAAUUACAAAUGCACCAUCUGCGGGAAGGAGUUCGGCUACUCGCAGAGCCUCAGGAGGCACAGCAAACUCCACCAGAAAGGGGAGCUGGAGGAGGUGCCCACCACGCCGGCCCCGGAGAACCUGAACAGCUUUAACCCAAAUCCUCAAUGUAGCGUGGCCCAAGACAGGAGCCAGAACCAAGCACCGAGCACCUCCUCCUACUACUCCUACACUCAAGACGUCAAGCCUCAAGACACCAACCCCCAGCAGCAGCAGCAGCCUCCGCCGCCGCCUCAACCGCAGCCCCCGCCGCCUCCUCGACUCUACACGUGCGCCAUAUGCUGGAAGUCCUUCCGCCACCACUUCCACCUGACUGCCCACCACCAGACGGUUCACGAAGGCGGUGGCGAGAAGCUCUUCUGCUGCGAGGUGUGCGGGAAGGCGUUUGCUUACUCCAACAGCCUAACCCGACACCGGCAGUCUCAGCAUGGGAUGACCCGAGCCGAGCCGUCCAACCCGCAGGAGGGGGGCGGCGGGUCGGGAGACAACCGAGGCGGGAGUGACGUGAAUCAGUCGGCGUCGGAGAGCGAGGCGGCCACCAAUGCCCUGCUGCAGAUGGCUCCCUCUGGCGAAGGCCACGGAGGGCAGAGCCUCAGUGUGGUCACUCACAGCCACCAACAGCCGCCGCCGCAACCACCGGCCGGUUACUCCCCCCUGUUUUACGACGCCGCGCCGGCCCAGUCUUCUGCCUCCAAUGCCCCAACCUACUCCCAGCCGCUACCUCCCAACUCCACCAUCAUGCCCCCGCAGCACCCGCACUCCCCAGCCGGGGUCAAAGGAGAGCACAUAUACCCGGCCGGAUCCCGUAGCCGCACGCUGCACACCACCGCCCCGUUCCAGCCCCUCACGGAGCUGCCCUCCACCGAACAUCAUCAUCUGCAUCACCAUCACCAUCACUCCCACCAUCAUCCCCAUCAUCAGUCAGGCACCCAGUCGCACCAACACCUCGACUGCGGCGUCCAGCUGUCACAUGACGACAUGAGGCGGCACAAGAAGAAAAAAAAAAAGUCCGACAGGAGAGAUUGGAGGGAAAAUAAGUGGGAAUCCCAAGAUGUAGUCAGAUUCGAUGGAGUCAAAAGGAAGAGAAAGAUAAGUUGUACGAUAAGAGGGCAGCUGAAUAAAAAACAAGGCUCUCUCCGCCUGACCAUCAGGCGAGGCGGGGGUUCAGGUGGUGGCGGCUAUAAGCUGGUCAACACCGGCGGCGUGAAGGUGCAGAUCCUGUCGUCCCUCAAAGUCCCCGUGAAACGCUUCGGCUGUCCCAUCUGCCCCAACUCGGUGUUCUCCCGUAAAGCGGGGCUGCUGGUCCACAUGGCGGUGAAACACCCGCAGAAAGCUUUGAGCACUCAGGAGCGGCUGAGGUGCAGCGUCUGCGGGAAGCAGUCUCACCGGCCUCUGACGGCCUUCAUCCACCGGGCCUCCCACCGGGCCAGAGGGACCUUCUCCUGCCGACGCUGCUCCGCUCGCUUCUGGAACGCCGCGCUCCUCCACCGGCACAAGGUGUCCUGCCGCCGCCGGGCGAAAGGACUGCAGCGGGGAGACGCCAAGAGGCUGAAGCUCUCGAAAAGAGCCGGAGAGAGGCAGGGCUGCGAGGGUCAGGAGGAGAUGCCGUUCCUGCAGGGACCAUACAGAUACUGAGCGUCUCAAACCAGAGGGAAGAUAUUCGGUUCUAAAACAGGAAAGUGAGCGAAAAUAAAGGGACUUGAAAAAGGCUCCUGCUGCCUUCAGGAGGAUUUGCCUCGUGUCUCUGUUGCAUCUGACUAUUAGAGUGAGUGUGUUAACAACUACUGUAGAGCGUCCUCUAAAAUAUCACCAGAAAUUCUUCCAGAUUAUAUUGGAAGGCGUUUUGACUGUUUCCAUAGGAUCAUUAAUUAACCCCUUAAGUGCAUUGACACUAUGCUUGGCUGACACUGUGCAGUUACUAGACAAGUUUAGGUGAAAUGACCUGCUAAUGUAUCUCUCUUCCCCAUAACUAGUCUCCCUGCUACACCUCUUGCUGUAUGAUAAACGUCUCUGCUGUGUAUUUUGUCUUGUUGUUGUUCACUUAGAGGCUCUGAGGAUUUUUUUAAACUGUAAAGUGCAUUUAUUAGGAGUAGGGACAUGGGGACAAAGACCUUUGUUGAUAGUUUGUCAGUGCAUGUUUGUUCUCUGGUCAAGUUUUUUGCUGAGGUUGUGAAAUCACUCCUACAGUAUGUGAUGGUUUAUUCAGUAUAUCCCCAGAAGUUUGUAGUGUAAACUUGAUUUGGAAGUUGCUCUAUAUUCCCUAGUGAUUUAAUCACGUAUAGAUAAAAUGUCAGAGUUGCUGGUAAUUAGCAUUACAAGGAUCCCUCUCCUGCCAAAAUGAAGAAACUUACAAGAAGCCUUGCUUAUGAUGUUCAUUUAUUUGAGAUAUUCCUAGCUUUUAUACCAAGAGAUUGAAAACAGGUUAAACAAGUGGACUGUAACACAUGUUUAUCUCAUGUUAUUUGUAUGCUCUUUUUAGCAGUGAUUAUUUCUACAGUACUUCACGGUGUGUUAAAGACAAGGACCUAUCAUGAUAGAAACAGAUGUAAUAUUCCAUGUAUUUAUGUGUGUAACCCAAUCAGUCUUCAUGCCAAUCUUAUACUCACCCUGACUACCUUUUACUUUUUUGCUGAGUUGCAAUCACGUUCUUACUGUCACGCCUCGUUUCGUUUUGUUUUUCUUCUAAAGGAAAAUAAGUUUUGAGUCACUUUGUUCACAUAUGAAAUGUUCAUACCCCUGUCAAGCCUUGUUUUGUUUUUGUUUUUCUUCUAAAGAAAAAUGAUAGUUUUAGUAGAUUUCUAUCACAUUAUUUACUGAGAAGUCAGUAGUUGAUUAUAUUUCAGCAAUGAAUAAACCUUAAGUGUAAUCAUU